AAAAAAAAAAAAAAAAAAAGCAAAAGCAAUGGCUUUCCGUCGCUGAACUGGUGCAGUAAAUUUCAGAAACAGGAGCGCAUUUCAAGUGUUGUGCAUGCUUUGUUCUCGCUUGGGUGGAGGCUGGUUUACAAGUCGGCGUUGCUGUACUAGCAGGCAGACAGGGGGCUGAUGAAACAGGAGGCUGAGCCGGGCAGGUGAGAGAGAGAGAGAGAGAGAGAGAGAGGCACUAUGUCAGCGUUUCACCAAGGCAGUAGCAGCGCGCUCAGAGCCAAGCAGCUCUACAAGAAGAGGAAAUCUCGCUUCUCGUACAGCGAGAUCAAACUGCUGCUGGAGGAAGUGCGCAGGAACAGGCACAUCGUUGUAGGGAAGUUCAACCACGGCGUGCCGUCGAACCUGAAGAAGCGCACGUGGGCGGACAUCACGGCCCGGAUCAACGAGGUCAGCCAGUGCCCGCGGGAGAUCAUCGAGGUCAUCAAGAAGUGGUCGGACAUGAAGUGCGACGUGAAGCGACGGCUGGCGGCUAGGUGCGCAGGAGGCGGCGAGGGACCGGACGAGCUGACCCCAGUGGAGUCCGUCAUCCACCAGAUCCUGGAGCUCACCGGCACGCGACAGCGCCACCCGCCCCGAGCCCCGUCCCUGGGCAGCGGCCUCAGCGCCAGGGCUGGCGUCGGGGACAGAGAGGGAGCGACGGCAAGCGCCGCUUCGGUCAGUGUACCUGCCAGCGCUGCCGCGGUGGAGAGUUUUGUCACCAGCCUGCCUGAGAUGCCACUGCCAAUGCUGUCGCCUGUGCAGGAUCCAGCCCCAACUCCCAUGUACUGCAUAGCAUCGCGGCAAGAAUCCACGGCAUCCUCUUAUGAGCUACAAUAUGAAAUCCAGACUAUCGAAGAUGAGGACGUGGAGUCGAUUGAUUUGACAGGAGAGGAGAUCGCAGCCGAGGAAUCCAGACCCUCCCUGCCCUUGUCUUCUGCGCCCCCUGCUGAGGAGAGCACCCCUCUCCUAGGAGGCACGCACAGAAGGGGAGCCCCCAACCCCCGCCCCAGCCUGGCCCCCCGGGGCGGUGUGAGCACGCGCGAGGAGAUUGUGCGUAACGCAGCCGAGAGCGUGCAGGAGCAGCGCACCUCCAACGAGCUCCUGCGGUCUGUGUCGCGCUCCCUGGAGCUGCUCUCCGAGUCGCUGCAGCAGGCUGUGGAGACGCAGCAGGACUUCGUGCGCGACUCCCUGGCCCUGCAGAGGGAGUCCUUGCAGGUGCUCAGGGACUUUGCCGGCGCCGCCCUCGCAACCUUGCAGGAGAAGCUGAACGGACACCCCGCCCCGCGGCGCUGACCCACGCUCCUCACCACGAGCCACCCGCCGAACAGGGGCUGCAAACCCAGCACUAGUCCUGCUGCUGCUGCUGCUGCUGCUGCUGCUGCACCCAGUCCUGGGGUUCAGAACUCCCCUCAAUGAAGUCU